UGCAGGCAAAGAUGGCGGUGCGGAAGAAAGACGGCGGCCCGAAUGUAAAAUAUUUUGAAGCAUCAGACACCGUUUCCCAGUUUGAUAAUGUCCGCGUGUGGCUGGGGAAGAAUUACAAAAAGUACAUCCAGGCCGAGCCCCCCACCAACAAAUCCCUGUCGAGCCUUGUGGUCCAGCUGCUGCAGUUCCAGGAGGAAGUGUUUGGUAGACAUGUCAGCAACCCCCCACUGACUAAACUGCCGAUGAAGUGUUUCCUGGACUUCAAGUCGGGAGGAGCUCUCUGCCACAUCCUGGCUGCUGCCUACAAGUUCAAAAGUGACCAAGGAUGGCGCAGGUUUGACUUCCAGAAUCCAUCGAGGAUGGACCGAAAUGUGGAGAUGUUCAUGACCAUUGAAAAGUCCUUAGUUCAAAACAACUGCCUGACCAGACCCGUCAUCUACCUGAGUUCUGACAUUGAACCAAAGCUGCUUGGAAAGUUGAAAGACAUCAUCAAAAGACAUCAGGGCACAGUGACAGAGGACAAGACCUCGAGUUCCCAUGUCGUGGUGCCUAUUCCUGCCAGUCUGGAGGAAGAGGAGUGGGUGCGUCCCGUGAUGAAGAGAGAUAAGCAAGUUCUGCUUCACUGGGGAUAUUUUCCUGACAGUUAUGACACCUGGAUCCCUGCCAGUGAGAUUGAGGCAGCAGUGGAGGAUGCUCCAAGUCCAGAAAAGCCCAGAAAGGUCCAUGCGAAGUGGAUUUUAGACCUGGACCAGUACAAUGAGUGGAUGAACGAGGAGGACUAUGAGGUGGGUGAGGGCUGUCCCAAGAGAAAGAGGAUCUCUGCCAAGACUCUGACAGAUGAGGUGACAACUCCAGAUGAGCGGAGGGACAAAAAACCCAGCAGUGCCAAGAAGAGGAAGCGCUCGCCAUCACCCUCCCCCACCCCUCCACCUCAAGAGAGCAAGAAGAAGAACACCAAAAAAGGGCCAACGACGCCAUACACCAAGUCUAAACGGGGUCAGAGGGAGGAGGAGCAGGAGGACCUAUCCAAGGACUUGGAUGAAGCGUCUCCUGUUCCAGCGUCUGAAGAGGGAAAUACAGCAAAGACAAAUAGCACCAAAAAGGACUCAGAUUCAACUCCAGUCAAAGGAGGGACAGAAAUGGAUGAGCAAGAGGACGAAUCAAUGGAAACGACAGGAAAGGAAGAGGAGGAAGGCUCUCCGAGUGUGAAGGGGGAACCAGUGAAGGGCUCAGACCUUCACGAGGACAACGUGACUGAGCAAACACACCACAUCAUCAUACCCAGCUAUGCUGCCUGGUUCGACUACAACAGCGUUCAUGCCAUAGAGCGCAGAGCUCUACCAGAGUUUUUCAAUGGGAAAAACAAAUCUAAAACGCCUGAAAUUUACCUGGCAUACAGAAACUUCAUGAUUGACACCUACAGACUGAACCCUCAGGAGUACCUGACCUCCACCGCCUGCCGUAGGAACCUGGCAGGAGAUGUUUGUGCCAUAAUGAGGGUCCACGCAUUCCUGGAACAGUGGGGACUGAUCAACUACCAGGUGGACUCCGAGAGCCGGCCCACACCCAUGGGUCCCCCGCCCACCUCUCAUUUCCACGUCCUGGCAGAUACUCCCUCCAGUCUGGUGCCACUGCAGCCCAAGACAGCCCAGACCCCUGCCACCCAGCAGAUGAUGUCAUUCCCAGAUAAGGUGAAGGACAAGCCAUCAGAUCUGCAAAACUUUGGUCUGCGGACUGACAUGUACAACAAAAAGACCGGAUCUGCAAAGAACAAGACUGCAGCAAGCUCCAUGAGAGACUGGACAGAGCAAGAAACACUACUAUUACUUGAGGGCCUGGAGAUGUACAAGGACGACUGGAACAAAGUGUCUGAACAUGUGGGCAGCCGUACGCAGGAUGAGUGCAUCUUGCAUUUCCUGCGGUUGCCCAUUGAAGACCCAUACUUGGAGGACAGUUCCUCGUCUCUGGGACCACUAGCGUACCAGCCAAUACCUUUCAGCCAAGCAGGAAACCCUGUCAUGAGCACAGUGGCCUUCCUUGCUUCUGUAGUCGACCCACGAGUGGCCUCUGCUGCAGCCAAGUCUGCUCUUGAGGAGUUUUCGCGUAUGAAGGAGGAGGUACCUGCCGCGCUUGUUGAGGCUCAUGUGCGGCGGGUGGAGGAAGCAGCGAGGGUCAGCGGCCGUCAGGAUCCUCUGUACGGCCUGGAGGGAAGUGGUAUCGCUGGCACCGGGCUGGAGGAGGGAGAGAGACCUGAUGAAAGCAAUGAUGAAAAUAAGAGUGAUAGUCAAUCAAAUGAGGAGAAGAGAGAAGCUAAGGACAGCAAAGAGGGAGCGACGGAGGAAGAGGAGAAGCAGGCGGAGAAUGGGAAGAAGGAGGAGGAAAGAGGACGAGAAGCAGAGGGAGAGAGGGAGGCAGACAAGACAGAGCCUGAAAUGGGUGAUGGGGAGAAGGAGAAGGAUGGAAAAGAGGGAACAGAAGAAGGACAAAGAGAGGGCGAGAGUGAAGGAGAAAGGAAGGCUAAGGUGGAACGUGAUGUCGGGGAAGGAAACCUGGCAACUGCUGCUGCCUCCGCCUUAGCGGCUGCUGCUGUCAAAGCCAAGCAUUUGGCAGCAGUGGAAGAGAGGAAGAUCAAAUCUCUCGUCGCUCUGCUCGUGGAGACUCAAAUGAAGAAGCUUGAGAUAAAACUGCGACACUUUGAAGAACUGGAAACCAUCAUGGACAGAGAGAGGGAGGCGCUGGAGUACCAGCGGCAGCAGCUACUUGCCGACCGUCAGUCCUUCCACAUGGAGCAGCUGAAGUACGCUGAGAUGAGGGCUCGUCAGCAGCACUUCCAGCAGAUUCAACACCAGCAGCACAACCAAGCGGGGGGUCCUCACUCCACCCAGACACCCUCAGGUCCGCCACAGCAAGGAGCGACUGCAAGUCAACCAGCUCCCAGCACACCAGCACCACCGGCAGCGCCCAGUCCCGCACCAGCAUCCUCUUCAGCCCCAGCUCCCGAGUCCCAAUCACAUCAAGGCGCUCAUACCUCGCCGCCCGGCCCCCCAGGCCAGGCCCCGCCUGCUCACUCCAGCUCCAGCACUACACCUGCACUCAAUGAAUCGAGUGCCCCUGUUCCCGGAGAGACACUCCACAUUGCAGCACCCGUCCCUCCACCACAGUGAGAGAAAAAAGAAGAUAAAUUGCUUGAGAAUGACUGACCACGUCAAAACCUGCCUGUAUCAUCUGAAAUGAAGAAUUUAUCAACCGAAGGAAGACAUAGAACACAUUUUAUAUUUUCAGUUCCCAAAAGGACGGUCGAUGUGUGACAAAAAAAAAAAAAAAAAAUGACAAACUUAUAUCCACCUCCCUCUUGACUGUCUAUUCAAACAGAAGUCCACUUCGAAUUGAAUCGACUCUUGAGGAAAAUUGUUUUUCAUCCUGUGGUCAACUGGACAGCAGCAUCUCAACUCAGAAUUGUAAGUGCAACACCAGAGAUCUUAGGUAAAUGUAGAUGGUCUUACCAACAUGCCAGCAUUCAAGGAAAAGAAGAGAAAAGACUCAUAUUUUGUGUUCAGUGUUAUGGGAAUUGUUGCAUUUAUUUUCCUGCAACAGUUUGUCAGCUUGUGAAGACUCAUACUUCACAAUCUCUCCAGAGGCCCCAACCUCCCCACCCCAUACUGUAGGUACGUAUUAAGAUUUAUGUAAGUAAAAAAAAAAAAUACAAAAAGAAAGCACUUUUUUAUUGUUUCCCAAGGUCUUGCCAAAAGACUUAAAGCAUCCAUCAAAUUAAACUUUAGCACUUAUAUCGUCCUUUUGUUUUCUUAAAUACUUUGCCCUGCAGAAGAUUUGGAAAACUGAAUUGGAGACUUUAGUCUUUCCUCUAUUUUUAUGUAACACAAAUAAAUGGUCAUUCCACAGGGUCAUCCCUGAAGUUUACAUGAUUGCAGCCGUGAAAAGUCUGUAGUGAAGGAAAAGAUGUCGGUCCAAGAAGCCUGUUUGAAAUUACAUGAACCUCGUUUGAAUGCAGUUUGAGACAAUGUACUGUAGAUUGGAUUUGCUGUUACAAACACAUAUUUUGUUAUCCUGUAACGAUACUAUGGAAACUAUUUGAAAGUACUGGGAGCUUGAGGUCCUGAAAAGACCUCCCUUUGAUCAUUUUAAAAUGUUAAUUCCUACAGUUUUUAGAAGCACUUAGAGAAAAACAUUUCAAUGUUUGCAAGCGUGGAUGACGGGAAGCAUCCAGGCUGUAGUUCAAUGAGGGACGUAGUUGUGUUUGGGAGCUAGAUGACUGAAGAACACCUGGAAUAAAAUGGUUAGUGACCUUUUGGCGACCAUAAAUGUACUUAUUCAGAAUUUGGUUCUGUGUCAUCAACUAAGCCAAACUGUUUUUAUAAUCAUGUUGAUAUCACUUUUAUUCAGUGAGUUGUAUUGUGAUUGCUUGGGAAGUGUGUAGGAUUUUAAGCAGCUUGUUUUCCGCGGUGCAUUUGACAUUAAAGAUGGAAGAAACGUUAACCUUGUCAAAGACGAGGGAGCACCUUAAAACAGCUGACAAUGGAGAACUGUGUCCUUAAUAUCUGCAACAAUAUCCUCACUUUAAUCCUGUCAUUUUAUAUAUUUUUUUAAAUGUUUUUUCUUUGAUACGUCAACAUUGUGACUGUAUAUUAUUACCCUUGUAGCCUGUAUUUACCCUCUCAAAUGUUUGAUGCAGACAGUUUAGCUGGGUCUGUCUGAGAUGUGACUGUGAUCAAGUGUGUAUGUGGAACGCAUGCCAUUAGGUAAAUCAUGUUACCGCUCAGUUUUUAUUUAAGUGCCAUCAGUCGUGUGUUCAUCAAGCUGGAAGAAAAAAAAAGAAAAAAAAACUGCUUCGUUCUGCACACGGCGCGUCACAUCAGUAUCAUGAAGUUUAACCCAGUUGAUGGUGAAACUUUGCAGUUAAUGUCCGUCAAGCCAGUAUUGCAGUGCUCACCACUGCCGUGAGCCUAAAUGGACUUCUUUUAUCUGUGUUAUGACAUUGUGUGGAUUUUGUGAUAUGAAAUAAGUGUACGUUCAGUUUCUGUAUGUUUUUCACUUUGCUGAAGGUAGCAGCAGUUACGUUAUACAGUAGAAAAUUGAAUUUUUUUUCCCCGGUCUGUAAAAUCCUCACAUUAGUGCUGAAAGUUACUAUGGCAGUUUGUAAGAAAAGACGUCAAAACCGGUUUUAAUUACAAAAUGUUCGAGAAAAAAUAAAAGUGUGAAGAAGGGUCACCAAGGGGCGUGAUUUGUUUACCGGCAACAGUCGAAUCGCUUAGACUAAAUCUAGAUUGAUUUAGGACAUAUUUCUUGAUUCAUGUUUACAUAUAUUCACUUAAAGAUAAAACACCCAACAGCCCUUUUAUGAAAAGCUCAAAUGUUGGGAAGCCAUAAACACCUAUACUUUGAGAACAUGCCAGAUUUAAAGGAACUUGCAUAUGUUUUUUGGUUUUUAAUUUAAACCUUUAGGCUUUGAAAUCAGGGUUUUUGACUAAAAUCAGUCAUACAGGCAACUUUUGUCAAUCUGUACUCAAUUAAAAUGUUUUUAUACAGUU